CUACCGCCUAUGAAAAGGCCAAAGCUUUCGAAAAUUCUUUUAAACAAAACUCCCUCAGUUACAAUCCUUAUUUGUCUUAUAUAUAUCCGGCCCACAUUGGAGUUGUACCUAAUCAAACAACAGUGAAUUUGUCUUCACAAGUUCACCCAGCAAUAAUGAUAGCCUUAUUUACAAUAACAAAACCAGAAGACCCUCUUGUAAAAUUAACUGAAGCCAUCACAAUAAUGAUGACGAAGAUGCAAGAAAACAGGAAACCUCCGUGA